AUGGAAAUCAAUUCUUGUUAUUUAUCGUUGCUUAUAAUGACCUUCUUUUUGUUUUCAAUGUUAAUUACUGGCGGAGUUACUAUCAUUGGUCUUAUUCCGAUUUAUUUACAAAAUAAUGCUGUUUUCCCAGAAACGAAAACAAGCACAAAACACUAUGAAUUAAAUUACAUAACAAAUUUAACAAAUGUUGGAUCUUUAAACGUAUCAGAUAUUGAUGUACUGAGUUCAAAUUUAAAUACAAUCUUAAUACUUAAUCGAAUACAAAUAAUCGAUGCGGGAUUUGUUAUUGUCACAAAUGGUCAGAGACAGAAACGAGAAACAAUUCAAUGUGAAAAUUCCGAGCAUCUCAAUGAUAAUGUAUUAAGAAUCAAGUUUGUCAUUGAAUAUCCUCGUGGUUGUGGAACAAUAUUGUGUCAACAACGUUCCACAAACCAUAUUAUAUAUAAUAUAAAAAAUUUAUUUUCUUCAAUAACAAUUCCAAUUCAUCUCAAUAAUAAUCAAACUAUUUCCACUUUAUUAUAUUUCUGUUCGUUUGAUCAUCAAGAACUUCCAACGACAAUUAGUUCAUGUGUAAAUCAAACAACAACAUUAGUUUGUGGAAGUGGAAGUUCGAUUUCAAAAUGUGAAAAUACAAAACCAUGUUCGAAAAAUUCAGAUUGUAUUAGUGAUUUUUGUAGAACAGCAGAUCAAACAUGUCAAACACCGACUUGUACGGAUAAUUAUGUAAAUCAAGAUGAAAUCGACAUUGAUUGUGGAGGACGAAUUUGUGGAAUAAAAUGUUCUUUAAAUAAAACUUGUCGAAAAGAUGGAGAUUGUACAACUGGAUUUUGUCGUUCAAAUGACAAAACAUGUCAGACACCAAGCUGUUCUGAUGAAUUUAGAAAUCAAGAUGAGACAGAUGUUGAUUGUGGUGGAUCAAUAUGUUCAACUCAAUGUAUAGAUAACGAAACAUGCUCGCAAAAUUCUGAUUGUACUAGUGGUUAUUGUCGAUUAAUAGACCAAACAUGUCGAACUGCAUCAUGUACAGACGGAUUUCAAAAUCAAGAUGAAACUGAUGUUGACUGUGGUGGAUUGAUUUGUACAGCAACAUGUGCUCUUACAAAAUAUUGCGCAAGAAAUUCCGAUUGUACAAGUGGAUGUUGUCGAGGAACAGAUAAAUCAUGUCAAACACCCAGUUGUUUCGAUGGAUACAAAAAUCAAAAUGAAACAGAUACUGAUUGUGGUGGAUCAGUUUGUUCAGCUAAAUGUUCAGAUACAAAGAGUUGUGGAAAAUAUGCAGACUGUCAAAGUGGAUUCUGUCGACCACCGGAUAAAACAUGCCGAAGUUAUCCAAGUUAUUAUGGCACAGUCGGUUCCGGCCGAUCUAUUAUGAAAUUGAAUAAAAUAUUUAUUUUAGCUGCAACGUGUAGUGAUUCAUUACGAAAUCAAGACGAAACUGAUGUUGAUUGCGGUGGAACUGUUUGUACAACAAAAUGUGCAAGUGGAAAAUCAUGUAGCAAAGCUUCAGAUUGUACAAAUGGAAUAUGUGGUCCUACUACGAAGAAAUGUUUAUAUAAUUCAUUAUUUCAGAUGAAAUCUAUCGGAAUAGUUGGAGUUGGCUAUGUUGGUCUUUCAUUAGCUGUUGAAUUUGGAAAAUCUCGUCCAACAGUAGCGUAUGAUAUGAAUGAAGAACGUAUUGAAAAAUUAAAAACUGGUCAUGAUCCAAAUCUUGAAUCGUCCGAUGAAAACUUGAAAUCAUCGAAAUAUUUAAAAUUUACAACAAACAUGGAGGACUUGUAUGAAUGUCAAAUUUUUAUUGUUGCUGUUCCAACACCCGUUGAUGAAAAUAAUCGUCCUGAUUUAUUUCCAUUAAAAAAUGCAUCUGAAACAAUUGGAAAAGUCCUAAAAACAAAUGAUAUUGUUAUUUAUGAAUCAACUGUUUAUCCAGGUGUAACAGAAGAUAUUUGUGUUAAAAUUCUUGAAGAAGUAAGUCAUCUGAAAUAUAAUAUUGACUUCUUUUGUGGUUAUUCACCUGAACGUAUCAAUCCCGGUGAUAAACUUCAUACAAUAAAAACAAUACGAAAGAUAACAUCAGGCUCAACACCUGCAAUCGCUCAAGAAAUCGAUGCACUUUAUAAAGAAAUAAUCGAAGCAGGAACAUUUAUGGUUUCUUCGAUAAAGAUAGCUGAAGCUGCGAAAUUAUUUGAAAAUUCUCAACGUGAUAUAAAUAUUGCAUUUGUAAAUGAACUUUCACGUAUAUUUCAUUUAGCUGGAAUUGAUACACAUGAAGUUUUAGAAGCAACACGAACAAAAUGGGAUAGUUUACCAUUUGAACCAGGUCUUGUUGGCGGGCAUUCCAUAGCUGUUGAUCCAUAUUAUUUAAUUAAUAUGUCUUUAUCAUUAAACUACAUUCCGGAAAUUAUUCUUGCAAGUAGAAGAAUCAAUGAAACAAUGUCACAUUAUAUUUCAUCGGAAAUUAUUAAAACAAUGAUUAAAAAAGGAAUAUCUGUUAUGAAUUCAAAUAUUUUAAUUUUAGGAAUAACUUUUAAAGAAAAUUGUCCCGAUAUUCGUAAUUCAAAAAUAAUUGAUAUUGUUCAAGAUUUAGAAGAAUUUGGUUGUCAUGUCGAUAUUGUCGAUCCAUGGGCAUCGAAAAAACGUGUUUUCGAUGAAUUUGGCAUUGAGAUAAAAGAUUUUGAUAGAAAUAUCAUUUUUGAUGACUAUCAUGGCAUUGUUAUUGGAGUUGCUCAUCAACAAUUUAAAAGCCUAGACUUUUCUUCAGUUAAAUCUUCAAAAAAAAUCAUUUAUGACAUUAAAGGAAUUUUACCUAAAGAUUGUGUUGAUGCACGUUUAUAA